AUGCAUGGUAGGAUCUCAGAGUGGAUGAAGAAGGCAGAAGCUGAUGAUCCACUUUACUGGCAGAAAGAGAAGGAGCAUGUGAAGGAUCAACAGGACUCACUCCAAAACAUUGUGACUAGAGUAAUGAAGAGUUUUAAUCAACCUGAAGGAGUUCAUACACUACAGAGGAUGUACGGCUGUGAGCGUAAUGAUAACGGCAACACUAGAAGAUACGAUGAGUAUGGUUAUGAUGGAGAAGAUUUCAUCAGUCUGGAUCUGAAAACUGGAACCUGGACUGCAGCUAAUGAUGAAGCUGAGAACUUCAUAAACGAGUGGGAUCCUACUGGAGAUAAAGCUAAACGGUGGAAGGACUUCCUGCAGAUUGACUGUAUUGAUCAGUUACAGAAGGUUCUGAAUUAUGCCAAGGAAACUCUGGAGAGGAAAGUUCGUCCUACAGCGUCAGUGUUCCAGAAACACUUGUCUUCUCCAGAGGUGGUGUGUCAUGCUACAGGUUUCUUCCCCAAAACAGUGAUGAUCACCUGGCAGAAGGACGGAGAGGACGUGCAUGAGGGCGUGGAUCUCAGAGAGACGUUACCCAACCAGGAUGGAAGCUUCCAGAAGAGAAGCGUUCUGACAGUAUCAGCUGAGGAUCUGCAGAAACACACCUACACCUGCGUGAUUCAGCACAGCAGCUUGGAGAAGGAGAUAGUGCUGCCUGUGAGCGAGCGCCGAAUCCUGAAUCCUGAUAGAAGAACAGGUGGAGGAUCAGGUGGAGGAUCAGAUGAAGAAUCAGGUGGAGGAUCAGGUGGAGCUCCGAUUGGUAUCAUCGUUGGUGUAGUUGUGGCUCUCGUUGUUUUUAUUGCUGGUGUUGCUGGAUUUGUGGUCUGGAAGAAGAAGAACUCUGACUCCACACUUCCACUCUCAGACUCCACAUCUGUUCCACUCUUAGACUACACACCUGUUCCACUCUCAGACUCCACAUCUGUUCCACUCUUAGACUACACACCUGUUCCACUCUCAGACUCCACACCUGUUCCAGUCUCAGACUCGACACCUGUUCCACUCUCAGACUCCACAUCUGUUUCACUCUCAGACUCCACACCUGUUCCACUCUCAGACUCCACAUCUGUUCCACUCUUAGACUACACACCUGUUCCACUCUCAGACUCCACACCUGUUCCAGUCUCAGACUCGACACCUGUUCCACUCUCAGACUCCACAUCUGUUUCACUCUCAGGCUACACACCUGUUUCACUCUCAGACCACACACCUUUUUCACUCUCAGACUCCACACCUGUUCCACUCUCAGACUCCACAUCUGUUUCACUCUCAGGCUACACACCUGUUCCACUCUCAGACUCCACAUCUGUUUCACUCUCAGACCACACACCUUUUUCACUCUCAGACUCCACACCUGUUCCACUCUCAGACUCCACAUCUGUUUCACUCUCAGGCUACACACCUGUUUCACUCUCAGACCACACACCUUUUUCACUCUCAGACUCCACACCUGUUCCACUCUCAGACUCCACAUCUGAUUCACUCUCAGGCUACACACCUGUUUCACUCUCAGACUACACACCUGUUUCACUCUCAGACUCCACAUCUGUUUCACUCUCAGACUCCACAUCUGUUUCACUCUCAGGCUACACACCUGUUCCACUCUCAGACUCCACACCUGUUUCACUCUCAGACUCCACACCUGUUCCACUCUCAGACUCCACACCUGUUUCACUCUCAGACUCCACAUCUGUUUCACUCUCAGACUCCACAUCUGUUUCACUCUCAGACUCCACACCUGUUCCACUCUCAGACUCCACAUCUGUUUCACUCUCAGGCUACACACCUGUUUCACUCUCAGACCACACACCUUUUUCACUCUCAGACUCCACACCUGUUCCACUCUCAGACUCCACAUCUGUUUCACUCUCAGACUCCACAUCUGUUUCACUCUCAGACUACACACCUGUUCAACUCUCAGACUACACACCUGUUUCACUCUCAGACUCCACAUCUGUUUCACUCUCAGACUCCACAUCUGUUUCACUCUCAGACUACACACCUGUUCCACUCUCAGACUCCACACCUGUUUCACUCUCAGACUACACACCUGUUCCACUGUCAGACUCCACACCUGUUCCACUGUCAGACUCCACAUCUGUUUCACUCUCAGACUACACACCUGUUCCACUCUCAGACUCCACAUCUGUUUCACUCUCAGUCUACACACCUGUUCCACUCUCAGACUCCACACCUGUUCCACUCCCAGACUCUACAUCUGUUCCACUCUCAGACUCCACACCCGUUCCAGUCUCAGACAGUGAUAUACAUCUGAAGUGAUGAGUUCCAGUACUGAUGGUUCUGCAUCUGGGGAGGCAGAGUCUGAGGUGUGAAUACAGCUUCACUUCCCACUCUUUCUGUUUAUCAGAACUGACUGAGUUUAGAAAUAGUAGGUGAUUUAUUACUGGGUCUAAAAUGACCAGCUUUAUAUUGUAUAAUUUGAAAAAAAAAUUCCACUAUAUCAGUAGCAAACGUGUGAUUUAUCUUCACCUGUACUGAGAAAAGAACAGAAGUGUAAGGACAGUGAUGAGUUCAUACAUUUCUACAAUCAUCAGCCCUGUAAUUACUGACUCACACUGAUAUGGCAGUGGUGUGGUGGUGGGGGUCUCCUAUGAGUGAUAAACGGUUAACCGCGUUUUGGCACUUUAGUUUUUAAUUUAGUCUUAGUCCUGUGUCAAAUGUCUUUGAUUUAAUAGUUUUAUCAUAUUUAGUCAUCCUUACCCUAAUUUUUGGUUCAGUCAACAAAAACUGUUGAAAUUCUUAACCAUAAGAUUAUAAGAUUAAGAACAGUUAGUGUUUAAUGAACUCAUCUCAUCUUCAUCGUUAAAAAAAGGCUCUUUCACAAUGAGCACGACGCAAUAAAACGAAGUGAAUCACAGAUGAACGAUGCUUUCACACCGAACGCAAAACGAUUGAUCGUCUUCAGCUAAUUCAUGUCUGCACUAUAGGUGGUGCUGACCAAGAAUGCAUUUUACACCUGCACACUAGGUGGCACAACCCACUACCUUUGACCCCUGAGAAUCACUUAAAUGUUGGCGCAGAGCACCACAACACAAACUGUUAAGAAGAAAGUUUUUUUGUGUUUUUCGAACUGGACCAUCGAGCUGUUUAAGUCUGAAUGAAAUAAUGUGAAAUAUAAUAAAUAACAGCAGUGGGACAAAACCCGAGUUUAAUGCCCACGACCAGCACAGUUUUAUUUUCAUGGUGGAAAAAAAGUGUCGCUUUGUCACGCCGCGAAUGAACCACACCCGGUGUGAAUAGCUCCACAGGGAUCUAUUGUUUCGAUACAAGAUCAUCAUCACAUCAAACAUUAAUCACGCUCAGUGUGAAAGGCCCUUAAGAACAAUAAAAAUAAGAAAAUUCACAGUAUAAAAAGAGGUAAUAUAAGUAGUGGAAAGUGACAAGUAAUGAUACUUAUGUUUUGCAUUUAUUUUAAUUACAGAAAGGCUUUAGAAAGUCUGUUAUAAAAGAUAAAGAAAAAACUAUAAUGUAGCAGUUGAAAAGAUAUACGACUAUAAAGUGUGCAACACUGCUGUAUUCACACUGCCAUGUCCGUGUCUAGUCAAGUCCAUAGCCGAGAGUGACAUCACAGUACAUUUAAAGUGCUACAUUUUACAUUUUAACAUUUAUUGUGGCAUAAAUUAAAAUUCAUUAUUCAUAAAUUAGGCUAGCGGUGGUGUAGAGAUGCAUGGGGGAUUUAUUCCCUCCCAAAAACAUGCCAGUAGAUGGACUAAGAUAAAGUGCCUCUUUUUUUUUAAUUCCACAAACUGCAUAUUUACAGUAUCUCAUAUUUUCAUUCUGUUUGUUUAUAUUUUUGGGUUUGUUUUAGAGUCCAGUGGGAUUUAAUGUGGUGUUACAUUUAUAAAUAGUUUUUUUUAACCUUCUUAGAAGUUAAAAACUACAAAACUGUCAGAUAGGCCUGUCACAGUGACUGCUUUUGUUAGACGAUGCAUUGUCCCAGAAAAAAUUAAAGUGAUAGUCACUUUAAGACCAUUUUAAGACGCCGCUAUAACGAUAAUAUAACAGCAAAGUUUUUGUCUUCUGACGAAAAUAUCCUUUAGAUUUAGUCAGUAUUUCAUCCUGUCAUAUUUAAUCAUUUUAGUCAAUCACUCUGAUUAAAACUGCAGUGAAUAUUAGGCAUUUUAGUUGAUGAGAAAACGCAAAAAAAAUAAACUAAAUAUUCACACAUUUUAUAUAUUAAACGUGAAAAACAUGUGCCCUUGUCGUGAACCUGAUCUUCUGAAAUAUUCCAGUGAGGUCACUACUGUAAUACAAUAUUGUGAAUUCUUGCUUUAGUUCUUCGUUGUGUGUUUUAGUGCGUUGUUACAGAAAUUGUUCUACCUCGUACCCUCACUGAAGUUCAACUUUACUUGUGAAUUUGUGUAAUUUUGUGCAGAAGUGUGUUGUAAUAUUAUGUUCAUCUUGUGUAAAUGUCUGAUUAAUAUAGGAUGUGUUUAGGAGAGUUAAUUAACCUGCUAGUAAAGCGCUUCAGUUUCCCGUGUUAGUGUUCAUUCACUGUUCUUCACCUCACGCAGCGGCUCAAUCCCCAACACGAUUUAGUCAUUAGUAUCUUGUGUGUCGUUUUUUUUCAAAAAUGUUUUAAUUAAAAUCGAUGCUAGUGUUUGCUACAAAUCUUAAAUUUGUUUUGUUUUUUAAACAGUUUUGAAUCUGCAUUUUUAUCUACAAUUUGACGAAUAUUCGAAGUCCAGAUUUUACUUGAACAGCCCUAGAGCAGACGAGAGUGUCACGAUUCCCCCUUUGAAGCAGCGUGCUCGAAGCGCGAAUGCGCGAGCACCUGCCUUUCCGCUGUUGACCGUAGGGACAUCGGGACACGUGGGUUUUGUUUAUGUUUGUCAUGUCUCCACCCUGUUCCGUCAUUGGCUGGGAAGUCACGUGUGUCCGGAUUACCCUCAGCUGUUAGCAGUUGCGAGGGUAAUCAUGUCCGCAUAUAUACCGCGCGCUUCCCAGCACACAACGCGGAAGAUUAAGUAAGUAAGUAAUACGAAGUGAAUGUUUAGCGUUAGUGUAAUUCGUGUCAUAGUCAUAGUCAUAGUCAUAGUCAUAGUCAUAGUCAGUUCGUGCUGGAUAUCCGCUUCCAGUUAAUUGUCUUAGUUCGUGUCUUGUUUUGUGUAACGACCUAGAUUCCUGCCUUGCCCAGUGUAUGCCUGUUUGCCAAUCGCCUGACCUCUUGCAUGUUUAUGGAUUACGUCUUGGAUCAUGUUUCGGAUUUGUCUGCCUGUCUGUCGUCAAAAUUAACACUGUUCACUGUGCAUCCGCCUUAUCUCUGCUCCGUCACGAUUUGUGACAGAAUCUUCCGCCUAAACAUGGAUGCAGCAGGAGAACGGAGGAGACGCGGAACCCGGAAGCCGACGCCAACCGU